GCUCUCUCUCAGUCUUGCGCUGUGACCGUGUGUGCGCUGAGCUUGUGCAAAGAGAGAGAGAGCACAACAGAGAAGCGCCUAGGGCUUCACCGAGCUUUAGUUGAGUUUAGUCUCAACAGUGUUACUAUUUAAAACAGUCAGAGAGGAAGAGCGCACAACAUCUAGGAGAUAAGCAACCACAGAAACACACUUUAAAGUGAGACUGUGAGUGGUCUGGACACUCAUGGUCCUCUCCUGAGGCUGUGACUGCUUCACCAGGAGAGAUGUGAUCGUUGUGCGACUUAUUUAACACAGAGACACACCUGCUCCAUCCUCAGGUGGCGUUCCGAAGGACUGGAUUGCUGAAACGACACAGUGUUUACCAGAGGCCAGUGGACUGCACGCAGCCGGGGCGAACAUGGACUACCUGUGGGGGAUUGUACUGCUGCUGUGGACGCUCGGCGCACCGGAAAGAGGAACAGACGCACAGAGGAGCAAGAACAACGUACCCCGGCUCAAACUCUCAUAUAAAGAAAUGUUGGAGUCCAACAACCUGCUCACUUUCAACGGAUUGCCCAACAGCUCUGCCUAUCACACCUUUUUAUUGGACGAAGAGAAAGGUCGGCUCUUUGUGGGGGCAAAAGACCAUGUGCUGUCCUUCAACUUGGUGGACGUCAAUCUGGACAUGGAUCUGAUAUCCUGGCCUCCUUCACCUUCUCGGCGAGAUGAAUGCAAGUGGGCUGGGAAGGACGUCCAGAAGGAGUGCUCUAACUUCAUAAAGGUUCUGCAGCCGUUUAAUCAGACGCACUUGUAUGUGUGUGGAACAGGAGCCUUCCAUCCCGUCUGUGCUUAUGUGGAAGUGGGCAAACGCCCGGAGGACAACAUCUUUCGGCUAGGGUCAUCAAACCUUGAGAAUGGCCGUGGAAAGAGUCCCUAUGACCCCAAACUCCUGACUGCUUCCAUGCUGAUCGAUGGGGAACUUUAUGCUGGGACAUCAGCUGACUUCAUGGGCCGGGACUUUGCCAUUUUCCGAACGUUAGGCAAGCACCAUCCAAUCAGAACAGAGCAGCACGACUCCAGAUGGCUCAACGAUCCUAGAUUUAUCAGUGUGCAUCUCAUCCCAGAGAGCGAAAACCCUGAAGACGACAAGAUCUAUCUGUUCUUCAGAGAGAACGCUAUUGAUGGAGAGCAAAUCAGCAAAGCUACACAAGCCAGAAUCGGACAGUUGUGCAAGAACGAUUUUGGAGGCCACAGGAGUUUGGUGAACAAAUGGACCACCUUUCUGAAGGCCCGUUUAAUCUGCUCCGUUCCUGGCCUGAACGGCAUCGACACACACUUUGAUGAACUACAGGAUGUUUUUCUCAUGAGCUCCAAGGAUCCCAAAAACCCUAUUAUCUAUGCUGUAUUUACAACAUCCAGUAACAUCUUUAAGGGCUCAGCAGUGUGUAUGUACGGUAUGGCGGAUAUCAGGAGGGUGUUUCUGGGCCCCUAUGCCCACCGAGAUGGACCCAACUACCAAUGGGUACCGUUUUUGGGUAGAGUGCCAUAUCCAAGACCUGGCACGUGCCCCAGCAAAACGUUUGAUGGUUUUGAAUCAACAAAGGACUUUCCUGAUGACGUUAUCACUUUUGCCAGAAGCCAUCCGGCCAUGUACAACCCAGUGUUCCCCAUCAACAACCGUCCAAUCAUAAUCAAAACCGAUGUUGACUAUCAGUUUACUCAGAUAGUGGUGGACAGGGUGGAGGCAGAGGACGGCCAGUAUGAUGUUAUGUUUAUUGGCACUGACAUGGGCACAGUUCUUAAGGUGGUUUCCAUCCCCAGAGGAACAUGGCAUGACCUUGAAGAAGUCCUGUUGGAAGAGAUGACUGUGUUCAGAGAGCCAUCAGCUAUUACUGCGAUGGAACUCUCCACAAAGCAGCAACAGCUCUAUCUGGGAUCCGCCAUUGGGGUUUCUCAAAUGCCGCUGCAUCGCUGUGACGUGUACGGGAAGGCCUGCGCUGAGUGCUGUCUGGCGCGUGAUCCUUACUGCGCCUGGGACGGCUCACAGUGUUCCCGAUACUUUCCAACUGCUAAGAGGUACAUUGAGGAACAAGAGGCAGACGGAGAGAGAGGUUUGCUGGAUAAGACAGUGUAUGGGGUUGAAAACAGCAGCUCUUUUCUGGAGUGCAGUCCUAAAUCCCAGCGUGCCCUUAUUUACUGGCAGUUUCAGAGACACGGAGAGGACCUCAAACAAGAGAUAAAGUCAGAUGAGCGGGUGUUGGGCACAGAACAGGGUCUGUUGAUCCGAACCCUCCAUCAGAAGGACUCGGGUGUGUAUUACUGCCAUGCUGUUGAACACGGCUUCAUCCAGACCCUCCUCCGCCUCACGCUCAAUGUCAUUCCCACCGAACACCUGGAUGACCUCCUGCACCGAGACACACCCGACAGCAACGACCCGGCCAACGGCAAGAUGUGGUACCGCAACUUCCUGUCCCUCAUCAACCCACCGAGCCCAAACAGCGUCGACCAGCUCUGCGAGCAGGUUUGGAAAAGAGAACGGAAACAGCGUAGACAGAAAUCCAAUCUGCUGCACGCCAGCCAAUCACACGCCAGCCAGCUAAUCCACCCCAGCCAAUCACACACCAGUAAGUGGAAGCUGCUACAGGAAAACAAGAAAGGACGCAAUCGCAGGACCCACGAGAUGCAGCGGGUGCCCCGCAGCGUGUGACAUGGACUCUAAAUAAAAAAGGAUGAGGAAAUCCAACAGACUUCUAUUGAGACUGGAGAAAGGAAGAGCGGAAUUCCGCUUCCUGUAGUAUGUGCAAGAGAUUUACUUAUGAACCAGAGCACAUCUUCAUUCACACGUAUUGAGACUCUAACUCUGAGAGGACUUAACAGGACACAAGAUGCAAACAGACACUGAAAUACCUGUAAAUAUGACAUAAAUACAAAAAUAUACCGUGAGAUAUAUACCGUCUGUAUAAAAACCAUGUUUCAUUUAUGAGGGACAAAACAUGGAUGCUGAAAGACCACUGUUUAACCUCCAUUUAGCUGAAGCACAAUGCAUUCUGGGUAAUGAACUUGUCAGUAAUAUUAUGUGUAUAGAGUGUGUUGACCUUAACAUAUACUGUAUAUCUUUGUAUUGAAAUGGUAGGCCCAUCUGUUUAUGUAUGUAUCCAUUAAUUAAGGAUUUGUUCAUUAGGUUUUAUUCUUUCUUUUCCCCUAUUUCUAUCUUCCUCCUUGUCUUUUCUAUUUUCAUCUGCUGCAAAAGCAAUGCCUCGCAAAUCCAUUAAUGGAACUGUGUUCUUCCUCUGAAUAAGCUCUUCUUGACAAGAAAAAAUAACUAUAAAUCUUUUCUGUUAUUUUUUUUAGAUUAAUAUUUAAUUUUGUACUGUGCCAGAGUAUAUCUAAAAUAUUACAUAAUAGAUUUAUUUUAUUAUUAGUUGUCCUCAUUGUAAACCACUGCACCAUGAGGGUAAACAAACCCUCUUCACUAAUUUUUUCUCCUCAGUUAAGUUAUUUGUUGUCAUGAUUUUGUCUAUGUUCACAUUUGCGUUUAUUUAAAAGUAUUGUGGUCGAGUAUGUGAAAUACGGUGGCAUUUAUUAAGGGGUAUUGCCGUCAUGUUGUCAUGUCUGUCACACAUGCUUGGGAAAAUACUGGUUUUCACAAAAAAACAAUCCACACUACUACUUAGGAGAAUAUAUGUUUUUCAGCUGAAGAAUAAUUCUGUUUAACAAUUCUGCAUAACAUUUAUUA